AUGUCAAUAUCCCCUCCCACUGCGAACAGUUUCAAACCAGUCCACACCCUCGUCUCCACGCCGGUCACCAUAGUUUUGACCGGUGGUCUUCUCUUCAUCAUUUUGACCAGUUUCUUCUCCUUCUUCUUCUGUGGAUCUUUCUUCAGAAAAGUCCUAACCACUAUUAACAACCACCGUAACCGAAACCGUCCCAGUAACCUAAUCCAACCAUCCAUCCCACCUGAAAACCCCGGCCUCGACGCCAAGAUCAUCCAAUCCUUCCCUGAGUUUCCUUAUUCCGUCAAAGACCGUGGCAUAGAUCAAUGCUCCAUUUGCUUAUUAGAUUUCAUGGAUGAUGACACCAUGAGGCUCAUUUCCACUUGUAACCACUUCUUCCACACGAUUUGCAUUGAUCUUUGGUUUGAAUUCCACAAGACUUGUCCCGUAUGCAGACGCGAGCUUGAUGCAGAAGAAGACCAGACCGCUCUAGAAGAUUCUCCGGCUGUUCUUGAAACCGAUCUUGCUGGAUCCGAAAGCCACAACGACGAGGCUUUGUCUCGUGGCGACACGUUGACAAUCAUCGUCCACGAGGAUCAUCCUAAUGCUACUACUAUUGGCAGUUUAGAUCAGACGGACGAGAUCGAGAGCUAUGAAAGACGAAUGAAAGCGUCGAAUCUGCGGUUUUGGAGGUCGCAUUCUACUGGACAUUCUAUAGUUGUGAAGACCGAGAACGAGCAGCAAGAACAAGAAGAAGAGAAAGAAGAGAUUAAGAUACAUAUUGAGAUUUCUGGUGAGUGUCAAUUCGAAGAUCACAAGAGGACGUUGCCGAACAGAAAGCUGUAUUGCGUUAGAGGAACUUACUCUGUAGGAUAG